UAGCCACUCGUUCCGCGGCUCCAAGGGAAAAGCGUUAUCUUUUCAGCGGAGAAAGCCGUGAGUCCUUCUGAGCUGGAAUUUCUGAAAUUCUGCUCAUCAUGGCUUCUAGGCUUGCGGAUUCUGCAGUCCUCUUCAUGGGCUCCCAUCAGAAGCCAAUUCAGAGAAGGAAGGUUACUGCCCAAUGCUUACCAGGCUUAUAUAAUAUAAAGGGGGACAGGCCUAUCCACAAGGGGUUUGGGAAUCAGAGACAUUUAAUGCCAAGGAAGAAAAUUACUGUCAUACAAGCUGUGGCGGUUCCAGUUUCAGCAUCUCCAGCGGACAAUGCCAAGCACCGAAAUCAACUAGCUGAAAACUAUGGGUUUAGGCAAGUUGGGGAGCCGCUGCCAGAAAAUGUUACUUUGAAGGAUAUUAUUGAUUCCCUGCCUAAGAAAGUCUUCGAGAUUGAUGAUGUGAAGGCAUGGAAAUCAGUUAUGAUAUCAGUCACUUCCUACGCAAUGGGGCUUUUCAUGAUUGCAAAAGCACCCUGGUAUUUGCUUCCUCUGGCUUGGGCAUGGACGGGGACUGCUAUCACAGGGUUUUUCGUUAUUGGGCAUGAUUGUGCGCACAAAUCAUUUUCCAAGAACAAAUUGGUGGAGGAUAUUGUUGGAACUCUAGCCUUCUUGCCACUAAUUUAUCCAUAUGAGCCAUGGAGAUUUAAGCAUGAUAGGCAUCACGCAAAAACAAAUAUGUUGCAUGAAGACACGGCGUGGCACCCUGUUUGGAAAGAAGAAUUUGAUUCAUCUUCCCUGUUGCGGAAAGCAAUAAUUUAUGGAUAUGGUCCAUUUCGGCCUUGGAUGUCUAUUGCUCACUGGUUGAUGUGGCACUUUGAUUUGAAGAAGUUCAGGUCAAAUGAAAUAAAGAGAGUGAAGAUAAGUUUAGCUUGUGUUUUUGCCUUCAUGGCAGUUGGAUGGCCAUUAAUCAUUUACAAGGCAGGAAUCAUGGGGUGGAUCAAAUUCUGGUUGAUGCCCUGGUUGGGCUACCACUUUUGGAUGAGUACUUUCACCAUGGUUCACCAUACUGCACCACACAUACCAUUCAAAUAUUCAGAUGAGUGGAAUGCUGCACAAGCACAACUUAAUGGAACUGUUCAUUGUGACUACCCACAGUGGUAUGGAAUUCUCUCUGCUUCUUUCUUUCUAAUGUAUGCUUUUCUUGUGGAUAAAGUGACACAUAGUUAGGAAAC